CAUCCUCUAGUAAAACUAGUAGCAGAAAAUCAACCUCUAAUGAGCAGUAACUCAGAAAUUCAAGAACAAGCUUCAGCUACAACCUCAUCUUCUACUACAAAUAUAGAGAUUGAAAGUAUUAAUACUGAUCAAAAUACUGUUCUAAUAGAAAUAAAUGAAAAUAAUAGUAUAGAUAAUAGUGCAUAUACAACAAAUAUCUCAAAAAUAUCUAAAAACAAAUCAAAAAAGAAAGAACAAAAUCGUGUCAAAUCAUCAAGACCUAUAAGAAAAAAGAAUCUUGUAUCUGACAAUAAAACAAAAG